AUGCGACUCCACGAGGCGGUUCCGUCACUGAGCUCGCUCCUCCUCACCGCCCUACUCUCGCGACCUGUCAUUGCAGGGCUCUUGCCCGAUUUCCUACAGAGCUUUGAAGAUUUUCAAGAUAUCGAGAAGAGAUGCGAUAACCCAUGUGGCUACUACGGGCAGUUGUGCUGCGAAACUGGCCAAGUCUGCUACACUGAUUCCAACAACGAGGCCCAGUGCGGCGCUGGCAGCGCUACCACAACCGCUGCGGGACAAUGGGAAUACACCACUGUAACAUUUGUGCAGACAGAUCUCAAGACCGUCACCUCAACCUACAGCUCGUAUGUGCCCGUCAGCACCAUCAGCUGUUCAUACUCUCUGGGAGAAACUCCCUGCGGCAACGUUUGCUGUUUGUCAGGACAAUUCUGCCAGGCUCCAGGAAGCUGUGCAGCUGUGGGCGGGGGAAGUUCUGGGUACUAUAGCAGCCUCUAUACCGUGACCACGGUUAUUACCAACACCGCCAGUGCCCCGCUCCGACCGACCAGCAAUACUCUCGUCACCGUCACGAGUGUCGGAAGUGCUACUACCACUGCACCUUUCCAAACGCCUGUCGGAACGGACGGCAGCAUCAUUGUUGGACCGACGGCCUCCAGCUCUGGUGGUGGAUUGAGUGGCGGCGCAAUUGCCGGCAUUGUGAUUGGUGUCAUCGCUGGCAUCUUCCUCCUCAUCUUGUUCUGCGCCUGCUGCAUUUUCAAGGGACUGAUUGACGGACUAUUGGCCAUUUUCGGUCUCGGACCACGACGAAGACGUACCGAAGAAGAAGUAUACGUUGAACGACACUCACACAGGGAUGGAAGAGGCCGGAGAACCUGGUUCGGCACGAAACCGGGGAGAUCCGAAGUCGUGGAAGAGAAGAAGAGGAGAAGUGGAUGGGGCACAGCAGGCUGGAUGGCUGCAGGAUUAGGGGCUCUGGCCCUGUGGCUGGGCCUGAAGAGGAGGAAUCGACGUGACGACAAGAGCAGCUCUGGAUAUGGGAGCUCCUACUUUUCCGACUACACGGUAUCAAGUAAGUCCAACUGA